CAGAGACAAGGCCUGGAGAUGCCUGCUCUACCUGGCACCGGUCGUGCCCAAUUCUCCAUGGCCAACUCUAGCCAGAAGGAGCAGGCAUGGAUCCCCAAACUCUUCAAGAAGAAAGUGUGUACGACAUUUAUCGAGCAACCUGGUGAACUGGGAGGUCCCUGCUUGUGCCAGUGUGGGAGCCCUCGCAGCAAACACGUCUCCGUAGCUACGGAAGAUGCCUUUGGAGCAGCCAUCGUCAGCAAAUGGGACUCAGCUCAACACACAACAGAGGGGCCCACUGAUGCCUAUGGCGAGGUGGAGUUUGUGGGCACCGGUCGCAGGCCUAGCAAGUUCAUUCGCCUGUCAGACAUGUCAGAUCCUGCAGCUGCCUACGCCCUGGUAACGCACCAUUGGAAAAUCCCACCCCCCAACCUGGUGGUGUCAGUGGUGGGGGGUGAAGGUGAGGUGCGUGUGAGGGCCUGGCUUAAGGAUGUGCUGAGAAAAGGGCUUGUCAAAGCAGCGCAGAGCACAGGUGCCUGGAUUAUGACUGGUGGGCUCCAGGCUGGCGUAGGCCGACAUGUUGGCGAAGCAGUGAGAGACCACACCACAGCCAGUACCAACCCCAGCACCCAUGUGGUGGCUAUGGGCAUUGCUCCAUGGGGCAUCAUCGAGCAGCGCCAUUGUCUUGUGAACCCCAAGGGUUGGUUCCCAGCACGUUAUCCCCGGACAGUCCCGUUGGGCCCUUUCUGCCCUCUAGAUGCCAACCACUCUGCCUUCUUCUUGGUGGACAAUGGGACGCAGGGCAGGGCAGGUGGUGAGGCCUACUUCCGUGCCCGCCUGGAACACUACAUUGCCCAGCAGAAAGUGGGAGCUGGUGGUGCUGGGAGUAUUGAGAUUCCCGUGUUGGUGCUGCUCAUCAAUGGAGACUCGGCUAUGUUCAAGCGCAUAUCUGAAGCAGUGCAUGCCUCGAUCCCUUGCCUGCUCUUGGCAGGAUCUGGGGGAGCAGCUGAUUGCUUGGCUGAGUUGCUGGAGGAGACACAGCCUGGAGAGUCCCUGAAGUCAUUGGCGCUGAAGAAGUUGCAGGGAAAGUUCCCUGAGAAUGAACUGGAGGACUUGGCAGAGGAGGUGGAACGUAUUGGGGCUCUGAGAGAACUGGUGACUGUCUAUUCGGACCAGGAGGGUCUAGAGGAGUUUGAGACAAUCCUGCUCAAAGCACUGAUGAAAGCCUGUAGGCGAUCAAAUGAGGCCACCACCUACCUGGAUGAGCUGCGUUUGGCAGUGGCCUGGAACCGUGUGGACAUUGCCAGCACCGAGCUGUUCCGUGGGGACAUUCUCUGGGAGCCUAGCCUGCUGGAGGACCCAAUGCGUGAUGCUUUGCUAGGGGACCGUCCUGCCUUAGUGCGCCUCUUUGUGGAGAAUGGCUUGGACAUCGGGCAGUUCCUGACAUGGGGACAGCUAGAGCAUCUGUAUGCAGGGGCCCCUGAAGUCUCGCUGCUGCACCAGCUUCUGGAGCGACACCAAGGGGCAGGAUCGGAGCCCUCCCCACCUCCCGAAUACCUGCUGUUGGAGCAAUCUUUGCCCGAUUGCCACUUGCCCCAGGUGGCUCGCAUCCUGCAGGAGCUGCUAGGGGACGUCUGUGCUCCCUUUUAUGCUGGAUUGCAGCCUUCUGGUCACAAAGGAGCAGGGAGCAAGGGAUCAUUACCCAAUGGAGAUCCCAUGUACCGCUCCGAACUUUCACCAAACCCUUGGACUGACCUGUUUAUAUGGGCUGUGUUGCUGAACCGUAGGGAGAUGGCCAUGUAUUUCUGGGAAAUGGCACCUGAUGCAGUGGCUGGGGCUUUGGUAGCAGCACAGAUGCUACGGGAGCUUUCACAUCUAGAGCAAGAGGCAGCGGAAGAGGCAGCCAUGAAGGAUCUGGCAAUGCGCUUUGAGAACUUGGCCAUUGGUGUGUUUGGUGAAUGUUACCGUAAUAGUGAACCACGGGCCUACAAACUGCUGGUGCGCCGUUCCCAACUGUGGGGAGGAGCCACUGUCCUCCAGCUGGCUCACCAGGCUGAUGCCCGUCUCUUUUUUGCCCAUGAUGGCGUGCAGUCCUUACUCACCCAGAAUUGGUGGGGGGAGAUGGACCGAAGCACACCCGUCUGGCAGCUCCUCCUCACUUUCUUCUGCCCCCCUCUCAUCUUGACCAACCUCAUCACAUUCAGGGCCAUGGAUGAUGACCUCCGGCUGGAUCCCUCAGGCCGGAUUGAGCUGGACAGCCUUGACACGGAUGUGAAAAGCACCAUCAGGGACAUGCUGUCUGACAAUUCGGAUCCUCCCUCCACGUCUUCAGCUCGCAGGUUCUGGCUACGACGGUGGCAUCAGUUUUGGGUGGCUCCCGUGACGGCGUUCCUGGGCAACGUGGUGAUGUACCUUCUCUUCCUUUUCCUCUUCUCCUACGUCUUACUUCUGGAUUUUGACCCUCCGCCUCCCAAAGGCCCUUCCGGCGCAGAGAUUGUUUUGUACAUCUGGGUCUUCACCCUGGUCUGUGAAGAGGUGCGCCAAGGCUGCUUUGUGGGUUCUCAUCCUUUGCCACUGCGGAUACGCCGAUACUUCCAGGACACUUGGAACCAGCUUGACAUCACAGCUCUGCUGCUCUUCAUGUUGGGGCUGGUGUGCAGGCUGUUUCCACAGACAUAUGAAUCUGGACGCACCAUUCUCUGCCUGGAUUUCAUGGUAUUCACCCUUCGUCUUAUCCACAUCUUUGCUGUCAACAAACAGCUGGGGCCCAAGAUGAUUAUUGUCGGCAAGAUGAUGAAGGACGUCUUCUUCUUUCUUUUCUUCCUUGGGGUAUGGUUAGUGGCCUACGGGGUCACCACCGAGGGGCUGCUCCUCCCACAUGACCGACGUCUCCCCUGGAUAUUCCGGCGUGUCUUCUACCGGCCUUACUUGCAAAUCUUUGGACAGAUCCCACUCGAUGAGAUUGAUGCUGCCUUGAUUGCGGCAUCAAACUGUACCUACGACCCAGUGGCCAUCUUGAUGGAAGACGCCAAGCCUUGCACCAACACCUAUGCCAACUGGCUGGUGCUUACUCUCCUUGUGAUCUUCCUGCUAGUAGCCAACAUUCUGCUUCUCAACCUGCUCAUCGCCAUGUUCAGCUACACAUUCUCCAAAGUGCAAGGCAACAGCGACAUCUAUUGGAAAUCCCAGCGCUACAACCUGAUCCUGGAGUAUCACAGCCGCCCAGCCUUGGCCCCACCCUUCAUCCUGAUCAGCCACCUACACCUUUUCUUCAAGCGCCAUGUCCGCAAAGUGAAAUCAUCAAAGGGACGAGACUUCCUGCUGGAGCUCUCUGAGGCCCAAGAUGGACGGCUGCUCACAUGGGAGUCAGUGCAGAAAGAAAAUUACUUAGUUGCUCAGGCCCGGCAGAAGCGAGAUUGUGACACUGAGCGACUCCGGCGAACCUCUCAAAAAGUGGAUCAGGCCUUGAAGCAGCUUUCUGAGAUCAAGGAAUCGGAGCGACGCCUGAGGACCCUCGAGAUGCAGAUGGAGUACUGCACCAAUGCUCUGUCAUGGAUAGCUGAUGUCUUGGCCCAGAGCGACAUAGCAAAAGGGAUGCCGGCUCCUCCCACUCAGAAAAAGGACUGAAAUUCUCCAUGGAACUUCCAAAAAGAACCAGCCCUUUCUGAAGAGAGAAUUGCUCUGAUCACUUGCCACUGACAAAACCCCAGGCAUGUCUAUGACUGGGACCUAGGUGAACUGGGAAGAGCUUGGGCUACCAGAGAGACCUUGCCAUAGGUGAUGGGCAAACUUGGGAUUCCAUGAUGUCCCUCGCAAUCUAGCUGUCAACGUUUUACAGUGGGAUAGAAGAAGACCAAGAACGACCACUAUCAUAACCCACUUGCACUUGAAAACCCUGCUAGCUACACACCAGAAACCUCUCAGAGCUACAGGGACCAACAUUCUUGAAUUCUGAAUUCCAGUUCCUGUUGAACCAUUCUGGACUUCUUAAGCGUGGGAUGAAGAAUGAACUAUCUCUCGGCCUUAAUUUGUAUUUCUACAAUGGGAACAAGAAUGAUCUACCUCAAAGAGCUGAGUGACAGUUAAAAAACCCUAAGCACUUUACAUGGUGGAAAUGCAAUUAAAUGGAUAAUAAUCAUGUUUCAUAUGCAUGUCAGUACAUGAAUCAGCUGCUGACUCCUUUUGUUAGAUUUUGUUUGAUGACAUGCUAAAGGAUGGGUAGAACACUCUCCACAGGAGCAGUUGGGAAGGAGCCACAGCUCAGUUGAAGAGCCUCAGCCUUGUGUGCAAAGUUCCAGGUUCAAUCCCUGGCAUCUUUAGUUAAAAGGAUCAGGUAACAGAUAAAAGGAAAGACCGUUGCCUAAGACCCUGAAAAGCCACUGCAAGUCAGUUAGCAAUACUAGACUUGAUGGACCAAUGGUCUGACGUGUUAUAAGGCAUUUUCCUUGGUUCUUAUGACAAUCAGCCCCGUCUCUUUAGGUGCUCAGCCCACGCUGCCAUGUGACUGCUUGCCAUUUCAUUCCUGGCUGUUUUGCAGCUGGCAUAGCAGCCAUGAGAUCUCUACUGGCAGACUGAUUGACUGACUGUUAAGGGCAACGUGUGGGAUACCAGAUUUAUUUAUUUCAUUAAACAUUCAAGACCAGCGGUGGGCAGAAAGGUGACCUUGACCCCCUAAUAGGAAUGGAUAAAUCUAGUCAAUUUCAGUUCUCUGCAUUUCUCAUUUAUACAAUCUUAAAUUCAGUUCUCCACAUUUCUACAGCAAUUUGUGGGGAAUCCUCACAAAAAUUCAUUAGCAUUUUUAUACAAAUGACUCCUCAUACACAUUUUAUGACUUUUUGACUAACAUACAUGAUUUUGCAAGCAAUCUUCCCUAAUACAAUGCAUUUUUGUAUGUCAUUUUCACUAAUAUAUAUGCAUUAUUAUGGACAUUUCCCCCUAAUAUUUUUGCACCUAUCGUUUAGUUGAAGAAUUCCAUUGCAAUAUAGAAGUGUGAAUUUUGAAGGACAGCUGUCUGUUGGUCUCUGUAUUGGUUCUAGAAGUGCAACUUAGAUCGUUUCUCAUUAAAAUGCAAACAAAAUUGAAUUUCUCCUCCAUCCCUACUCACAGACAGCCCGCCUAGCUAUUCGACAUGCUGGGAUUCUUGCAAAGAAUACUGGACUGGCUGGACCUCGGUUGGAUAAUGCAUGGUGAUUCUGAUGCUUAAGAAAUAAAUGCAUACACAGGAUCAUGUAACCAAAAUUAGUUAGGUUUUGACUGGUAAGAGG